AUGAGACGCAACUCUUAUCAAAUAAAAAGUACCAAUGGUAAACGACAAUCAAAUGUCCUGCCUAUUCUUGUCGUUGCACCACAACAGAACGGUCGUCGCAUGAGUAUGUUCAUGAAUGGUCAACGUCGAUUAUCUCUCAUGUCGCAGAUAUCUUUGCCUCACAGUGGAGAAUAUCGUCCACAACAACGGUUACCACCCAAUGGUCUCGAAUACCAACAAAAUAUUCUGCUGACAAACAUAACAACAGCAAUCAAUGAUAAUCCUAAACUUGUUCAAGUUAAGUCAACUAAAAAACCAAAUUCAUCCAAAAAUCGACCUUCAUCUCAUCAAUGUGAUGUUGUCGAUAAUGAGCAAAAAUCUGGCUAUGAUGAAAACUCAUUAGAUAGUUGA